GCGAUUAGGCACUCUGCGAGUGCAGCGUCUCUACUCCCGUAUUUUUAGUACAUUGCGUGACAGCUGGCGACACGCCGACACGUUGGCUGCUUUUAUGCAAAUGUAGACAAUUAUGAUUUUGGUACAGUAGAAUAAGUAGGGUUGCGAACGUGUGAUAAUUAUUGAUGUUCGACACGUUGACGGAUGCAUGUCACUGAACCGGCUUUGGGUUAUCCCGGUUUCCCUCUUCCGACGAAAGAUAAUAUAUAAUUUGGAGAAGAUGAGGAUUGUGCAGCUCAGAAGGAAUCGCUUGUUCCAUAUAAUGAUUGGCAGCACCCUGGUACUGCUGGUUUUGUACAUUCUCCUUAAUUUUUCCUCGGACAAUCAUAUGAGUAAUAUAAAAGAGUACUGGGCACAAGGUCUUGGAAAGAAACAGGUAACAGUGUUUGUAGAAGGUUUAGGAAAUUAUGAGCUGCGCGAUGUGCCGAUUAGAACCGGCCCAGGCGAAGAUGGGAAACCGCACAUUUUGAGGGACGAUCAGCUGAACGAUGUUCAGCAAUCAGAGUCCGAAUACGGUAUGAAUAUGGUGUGCUCUGAUGAAAUCUCAUUGUCGAGAUCGAUACCUGAUACCAGACCCGCAGAAUGUAAGCACUGGAACUAUCCGGAAGAAUUGCCACGUACCAGCGUCAUUGUAGUUUUCCACAACGAAGGUUGGUCUGUCUUAAUGCGAACUAUCCAGAGCGUCAUAGAUCGUACUCCGUCGAAGCUACUCGAAGAGAUUCUCCUCGUUGACGAUUUCUCUGAUAAAGAGAAUUUAAAGAGCGAUUUAGAUUCCUAUAUUGAGCAAUGGGGUGGGAAAGUUCGAUUACUUAGAAACUAUGAAAGGCAAGGUUUAAUACGAACGCGAUCUCGAGGGGCACGCGAGGCCAGGGGCGAAGUAAUCGUAUUUUUAGACGCUCAUUGUGAAGUCAAUGUGAAUUGGCUGCCUCCGCUUUUAGCGCCAAUUGCUGAAAAUAGAAACGUAAUGACUGUUCCUGUGAUAGACGGUAUUGAUCACAAGACUUUUGAAUAUCGUCCUGUGUAUCAAGAAAACCAUUUGUACAGGGGAAUUUUUGAGUGGGGCAUGUUGUAUAAAGAGAACGAAUUGCCUCGGCGGGAAGCCAAGACGCGUGCACAUGACAGUAUGCCGUACAGGUCACCUACGCACGCCGGUGGCUUAUUCGCGAUAAAUCGACAAUACUUUUUAUCAUUGGGUGGAUACGACGAAGGAUUGCUCGUUUGGGGUGGAGAAAAUUUCGAACUGUCCUUUAAGAUAUGGCAGUGCGGUGGAAGUAUUUUAUGGGUACCGUGCUCACACGUCGGGCACGUGUAUCGAGGAUUUAUGCCUUACACCUUCGGUAAACUUGCUCAGAAAAAGAAAGGACCAUUGAUAACUAUUAAUUAUAAACGAGUUAUCGAAACGUGGUUCGACGAGAAACACAAGGAAUUCUUUUAUACGAGAGAACCUCUGGCUCGAUUGCUCGAUCACGGCGAUAUAUCUGAGCAGUUGGCCUUCAAAGAACGCAAGAAAUGCAAGAGCUUCCAGUGGUACAUGGAUAAUGUGGCAUAUGAUGUGCUAGAUAAAUUUCCAGAACUCCCACCAAAUAUUCACUGGGGAGAGCUACGAAAUGUGGCAACUGCAUCAUGUCUAGACACUAUGGGUCACGCACCACCAAGCCUCAUGGCUACUUCCCACUGCCAUGGAUUCGGAAACAAUCAACUCAUCAGAUUGAAUGCCAAGGGUCAAUUGGGUGUCGGUGAGAGAUGCAUCGAAGCGGAUGGCCAAGGUGUAAAAUACGCAUUUUGUCGUCUAGGAACUGCAGACGGUCCGUGGCAAUAUGACGAAAAAACGAAGACUCUGUUACAUAGAGUACAUAAGAAGUGUAUGGCACUCCAUCCCCAAACUCAGCAGUUAUCUCUGAUGCCGUGUGACAUAAACAAUACUUAUCAGCAGUGGGGUUUUUAUCAAGUCCAUCCGCGAUGGUAAUAUGGAAGACUUUUCUACUUAUCAAAAUUUGUAAAUUAUUUGAGAUUGUGCACAAGAGUGCAAAAUUUAUUUAGUAAUGUGUAAUAAUGCAGGAUAGUUUGUUUGCGACGAAUUAUACAUUAGUGAGUGAUAUAAAUAAAUAAUAAUUACGAAGUUGAAUAUUGACACAUCGAAUAAAUAUUAUACGAUAAGAAUAAUCUCGGAUUUUAUAUCUGUUAAGACGUGGAAGACAGAAGUUUAUUUUUUGCACUUUAUAUGAAGUGCAAAAAGUAAAUUUAAUUUACGAGCUUCUUGAAGUUUCUACAUUUAGAUAGUAAUUAAAACGGCGUUUAGAUAAUUUUUUAAACAAAACUAUCCCAGUUAAAACAUAUUGCUUCCUCUUCAUACUGACUGAUAAGCUAUAAAACUAUCG